ACCUGACGCUGAUACCUCCGGUCGUCCUGCAGCAGCAGCGGAGGCAUCCUUGGCGUCCUGCGGAGGACAGCGGGUGGUGGUAGGACGCAGGACCGGUGGAGGGGGCGGUCCUGGCCUGGGCACGGAUCCCGAAGAGGCCCCGGGGCCGCCGCCGCUUAAUGGAGUCGGGCUGCAUUCAGACAGCAAUGGCUAUGGGUUUGACAUCGAAGAAGGCGUCUGCUCGGAGCGUCGCCGUGGAAAGAAAAAACCUCAUCACGGUCUGCAGAUUCUCUGUAAAGACUCUCCUAGAAAAGUACACAGCAGAGCCCAUAGAUGAUUCUUCAGAGGAGUUUGUCAACUUUGCUGCUAUUUUAGAGCACAUCCUCAGCCAUCGCUUCAAAGGUAACACUACAGGUUCGGGAAGCUGGUUCAGCUCAGAUGGACAGCGCAGUUUCUGGGAAUACAUUCGGCUGGCGUGCAGCAAGGUGCACAACAACUGCAUCGCCAGCAUCGAAAACAUUGAGAACAUCAGCACUUCACGAGCCAAGGGUCGGGCAUGGAUCAGAGUUGCGCUGAUGGAGAAACGUCUGUCUGAAUAUGUCUCCACUUCUCUGAGGGACACCAGAACCACCAGGAGGUUCUAUGAUGAGGGAGCCAUCAUGUUGAGGGAGGAAGCUACGGUUUUGACUGGCAUGCUGAUUGGACUCAGCGCCAUUGACUUCAGUUUUUGUUUGAAAGGUGAGACUCUGGAUGGGAAAUCCCCAGCUGUAAUUGACUACACGCCUUACCUGAAGUUCACUCAGAGCUACGAAUAUCUUAGUGAUGAGGAGGACCGCCGCAGCGUGGACAGCAGCAACAGUGAGGAGAGCGUCCCCGAGCAUCCCUACAUCCCUUUAGUGACCGAUGAGGAGAGCUGGGGCAACAAAUGUCGCAAGAUGGAGCAAAGGUUUAAGAUCGUCUACGCUCAGAAGGGUUAUCUGGAGGAGCUGGUGCGUUUGAGGGAGUCUCAGCUGAAGAACGUGGAGACAGAGAACAAGUGUCUGAGAGCCAAGGUGGAGGAGCUGAUGGUGCAGGGCCAGCAGGAGAAGAAGGAGCUGGAGGCCAUCGUGCUGGAGCUUCAGGCACAACUCUCUGCUCUCAUGCCUUGUGACUCCUCCCAUCUGGCUAAAGAUCUCUCCAUCCCUCUGGUGAACCAGUGGUCCACCGUCACAAACAACCAAGGAGAUGUCAAACUGUUCCGCAGAAGGAGUUUCCACAGCCUGGAGCAGCUUUCUGUUGAAGUGAGUCUGAACUCUGACUCCCACAAGACUGAUGAGAGACAGAAUGGAGACGCUGCCUGGAGCUCAGCCGGAAACGAUAACACUCCCUCCAUGCUGGGUCUGUGUGGCUCCCUGGCCUCCUUACCAAGCUCCAAGUCUCUGGCAAGCCUCAAGUCCAGCGAGUGUUUGGUAAACAUCAGUACUGAACCCAGUCCUGCACUCUCUCCCAGCUAGGAGCUCCAAACCAACAAACAGCCUAGAACUAAGCCACAGCCUGUCUGCCCGGUGAUGCUGCGCUGACCCGGCCGAAUCUCUCUUCCACCCAUAUCUGCAUUUUGAUGGAAUAAAAACAGGACCAUUCUGGAUUUUUUUUUGUACAUGACACCAUUAUGAAGCUAAACAUUCUCUUUUCUCCUCUUUGCUUUUGAUCUCCAUCUCUAUCUGCUCAUCCAGCAUCACACAAACCUUUCUGGAAGCAUCUGUCUACCUUAUUAAAUGCUUUCAUCUUGCACCUUUUUUGGAUCUCAGUAUUCCUGCAGUGAUGUUCUCUGUUUUAGUGCAUCUGGGUUAGAUGUCAAAGUUCAGUCCUAAACAGGGUGUUGAGAUGGAUGUGAUCCUCUGAAAGUUCAUAUCAUAACAGCUAAACUAAUUAAAACAACAAGCUGUUACGGUAUCUGUAAAGCUGUGCAUCUUAUUUUAUUGAUUUUAUACAGUUCUAAGCCGUCAGAUGCUCAUUUGGUCCAGUACAGCAGUAUAUUCUCAUCACAUGCUUAUGUUUUUUGUUGGUUUUCUGUUGCAAUAAACUGCCUUUUUUACAUGA